AUGAUGAACAUGAGGGAUAUAGACAAGAUCUUACAUUCCUAUGGUAAAACCUUGAAAGACUAUCCUCUUAUGCCUUUAGCAACUGAAGUUGAUAGUUAUUUGUUAACCGAAAGGGUUAUUAGGGAAGAGCUAAACUUUAACAGGGAUGAUUUAAAGAAAAAUACCUCAGACAUGUUAGCCAUCGCAACACCUGAGCAGAAAUAUGCAUUCGAUAAAAUUGUUACAGCUGUGGGUACUGGAAAAAUAUUUCUCUGGAACCUUAUGUCUGCUGAGAUUCACUCAAAGGGUGAUGUUGUGUUAAACAUUGCUUCAAGUGGUUCCCCUCAAGCAAUGCUGUUGUUGAAAGCCAAACUUAUAAUUUGGGAUGAGGCUCCAAUGGUUAGUAGGUACUGUUAUGAAGCACUUGAUAAAUUCUUAGGUGAUAUCAUGAGGUUUUCUCCAACAUAUAACAAAGAUUUUCCCUUUGGAGGAAAAGUGGUUGUACUAGGGGAGACUUUAGACAAAUUCUUUCUAUCAUUUUACAAGGAUUGA